AUGCGUCCUCGCGUUUUGCGUUCAGCAGCGGAAGCAGCAGCGGCGGCGGCGGCAAAACGACGCGCGCUACCAGUAAAUCCAACAACAACAACAACAACGCGAAGUAUUGCUGCGAUGUACGCCUCUCCUUCUUCGUCUUCUUCCUCUAAAAGCAUCCGUUUUUCCGGCGGCGAAUUCGUUCGUUCCCGAAAAGCGAAUUCCAAAAGACUUCCCCGCUAUGCUGCUGCUCUUACUGCGGCUCGCUUUUCUGCGCGUGGGACCACCAUCGAGGAGGACGAGGAAAAAGAGGAGCAAAUGAAACACCUUCGAAUCGAUCAAAAAGGAAUAGUUUCCGACGCCGGCGUCUACACAACCAAAGAGGAGAAAAUGUUCCUUAAAAACGCCAUCCAAUUAAAAGGAGGCAAAAAUGCCUUCAUUUUAGGCAUCGAAACGUCCUGCGACGACACCGCGUGCGCGAUUGUCACGAAAUCCGGCCACGUAGUUUCGGAAGCCAUCAAGUCGCAAGUGUCCAUACACGAAAAUUGGGGCGGCGUGGUACCAACUUUAGCGAAAGAAGCGCACCAAAAUGCCAUCGAUGAUGUCGUGGAGGAGUGUUUGCGCAAAGCCGGGGUGACGGAUAUCGGGAAGCAAGUGAGCGCGGUGGCGGUGACGGUGGGUCCUGGGUUGUCCAUGUGUUUGAGAGUUGGGGUGAGGAAAGCGCAGAAAAUUAGCGGGGAAUACGGGAUACCAAUCGUUCCGGUGCAUCACAUGGAAGCGCACUGUUUGGUGGCGAGAGUGAAGGAGGAAGAGUGGAACGCGAAUAGCGAGGAGGAAGAAGAAGAAGAAAAUGGGGGGGUUGCGAAGUUCCCGUUCGUCGCGUUACUCGUGAGUGGUGGGCACAACGUGCUGUUGAAAGUAGAAGGUGUCGGGAGAUACACCAUAUUAGGUCAAACGUUAGACGACGCCAUAGGUGAAGCGUACGAUAAAACCGCGCGACUUCUCGGUUUGCCCGUCGGUGGCGGCGGCGGUCCGGCGUUGGAAAAGUUAGCCAAAGAGUACGAAGAGAUAGUUUUAGAACCGCGACGAGAACAGUGCAGAAAGGAAACGGAACAGGAAGCGCACAUAACGGACGAGGUGUUUGAGAAAAUUGUUAGAAAAAAAGUGAAGAAUCCAAUCAGAUUUACCGUCCCGUUGCGAAAACGCAAAACGUGCGAUUUCAGUUUCGCCGGAUUGAAAACCAACGUCCGAUUGGCCAUCGAAAAGCACCUCGGUGCGGUCGUCGACGAGUCGAUACCAGAACAGAAAGUGUUACCUUCCGAAAACUGGGACGGCAUAGAAAACCGAGAAACGCGCGCCGCCAUCGCGCACGCGUUCCAAACCGCCGCGGUAACGCACCUCGAAGACCGCGUUUCACGAGCUUUGGAAUGGGUGGAAUCCGACGGCGUCUCGCCAACCUGCCUCGUCGUCGCCGGCGGCGUCGCAUCCAACCAAAAAAUCCGAAAAAAGUUACUCCAAAUCGGUGCAAACCAUUCCAUCGACGUCGUCUUCCCAAAGCCUUCCUGGUGCACCGACAAUGGGGUCAUGGUCGCCUGGGCCGGCAUCGAAAGACUCAACUUAGCCUUAGGCGUGGAAAAACCCGUCCCGAGAAACAGCGAAGCGUUUGCGAAAGACGAAAAGGACCGAGACGUUCAGGUGCGGUUAAAACCGAGAUGGCCGUUGGGUGAGAUGGAUGAGAGAGCGAUCGGUGAGGUGAAAAGUAGUAAAGUGAGCAAGAUGGCCAGGCCUUUGGGGAGCAGCGACUGA